UUUUAUUUUUUUUUAUUGCUUAAUUAUAUACGCACAAUGCAAUCAUCUCCACCAAAAAGAAAGCGAAAUGGUUCCACCAAGCAAGAUCGCACUUCUUAUCAACAUAGCGUCUAUCAAGCAAUUCGACAGCGUUCACUUGGACAUCCUCGUAUUUUCGGUAGAACAGUCAAAGGUACGAUCGUGAUUGAACUUUUUAUGCUUAAGUUUGUAUAGUAUCUGCAAGACCUUUAUUACCGUUGUUUACAAGUCCUUCCAACAUGGUGUAUCAAUUUGUGUAUUCUGAUGGAGGUGGUUUUUGUACGCCUCUGUAUUGUGAUUUCGCACAUCGAGCUGAAGAUGGCCGUCUGUUGGCUGUGGCUGAUGAAGAAGGUCGAGUUUCUUUAUUACGCACAGACAAAGACAACGAUGUGAAUAAUUAUGAUUAUCAUCAGUUCUUUAGCUGUCAUAAACAUGCUAUUUCAGAUAUUAAAUGGAGUAAAGAUGAUACUGCACUUGCUACUGCUUCUCAUGAUCGUACAGUUCGUCUUUGGGAUCCAGUAACAAGAUCAUUAGUAGUUGAAUUUUCAGGUCAUGAAGAUAUCAUUAAAUCAGUUAAUUGGCACCCUACUAAUCCAAACCUUAUUGUAACCAGCUCAAAAGAUGGUUCUUACCGUAUUUGGGAUGCAAGAGAACAACAAAAACAAAAACCAACGGACAUGUCUACUUUUCAAGUGUAUACUCCUACCAUAUCUGUUACUGAAGCACACCGAGGACAAGAUCAACAAUCGAGAAAGAAGAAGAAUGGACCAAAGCCACUGGUGAUACGAUCCGUGACGUGCGCUUUAUUUAUGCAUACAGACGAAACCAAGGUUAUUUCCAGUGGUAGUUCAGAUGGAUCCAUCAAGCUGUGGGAUUUACGUGCCAAAAAAUCACCCAAUGUAUUAGCAUCGACUACAUUUACAGCUGAUAGUGGCAAAUUAAACGGCGUUACAGACAUGAAGAUUGAUCAUUCAGGCACCAGGCUAUUUAGUGCUUGUAUGGAUAAUCAGAUCUACAUGCAUUAUUUAUCUGAUCUUUCAAAACCUGCUAUUCAUUUCACUCACCAAGAUUACAAAGUGGGCACAUUUGACGUCAAGAUUUGUUUAUCGCCUGAUGACAGAUUUCUGGCGUCUGGCUCUUUUGAAAAGAACUGCUUUGUAUGGGACAUUGAAGAACCUGAGCGAGAUGCAUAUCUAUUUGAAGGCCAUUCACAAAAGAUUACUGGUGUGUCUUGGAAUAAAUACUCUUCAGAUCAGUUUGCUACUUGCUCAGAAGAUUUCACUACGCGUAUUUGGUCUCUCCAAUUUUAAACUGCAAAUAAUAUGAUACCCCCCCUCUUUUCUUAAUACUUGUUACAGUUUGGCUU